UUUCUUUUUCUCCUCCUGCAUAAAGACCACAAGUGGAGGCCAUCCACAUCGGAUCUGCUUUAAUAUCGACAGAUCUUCGAUUAAGGCCAAUGGCUUCGUGCCAUAGUUCAAGGCUAAGGAUCCGUCUUUUAGAGACACACACUCCGCCUUACUCCAUCCCCACUGCACAAAAAAAGGAAAACUGCCGCUGAGGCAACACGCGAUUGGAAAGACCGACUGCAACAAAAUGAACCUGAGAGAUGGGCUGAAUACAUCCAAAGAGGCAGAGAGGCAACAAAAGCCUACAGAAAAAAUUGUUCUGAACAAAAGAAGGCCAUUCAGAGAGAACAAAGCAGGCUUCGGAUGCAGGCGAUGAGAGCCCAAAAAAAAGCAGAGCAGCCAGAGCAACCUAGAUUGACUCAAGCUGCUAAAGAGGAGCAGAGAGAGAAAUGGAGGCAGGAGAAGGCAAAGUGGUGGGUGAGCUUACACCCCCAGAAACAACACCAUCAGAGGGAGAAGAGAGCCCAGCCGGAAAGAGAAAAGCGAGCGAACAAAAGAGUAUCUGCAGCUGCUGCUUCCCAGCCAUCCAGCAGCAUACCACAGGCUUCCACUUGCACCCCAUUGUCAUCAUGGAGUCAAGGAGCCAGAAAAAAGGCAAAGGCUCGGGCCUAUGCAACUUUUCCACACAGUCCUUCCAGACUCGUAGAGACUCUGAAUGAUAUUGUACAUUCCCUUGCACCUCGUAAGAAGCAGCUAUUCAAAACGCUCCAGCCAGAGUCAUUAGAACACAGGAUUGGGAAAUCUGUGAUAUUUGAGCUGAAAAAGAACAACACAAGGCGAAAUAAAGAUCUGCUUCACACUCGCCAUGUUCUCCUCAAUACCUGUCAAAAAUACCUGAAUCUUCGAGGAUCCAGCAACAUCCGAGCAGUCAGCAAGGGGAGCAUUUUGUCACUGGCUGCAUCAAAGCACAUGAAACGAGAGAAGAUGAAAAAGAGAUUGAGGAAUAUUACAAAAGUGUUUCCUGCCCCAUCCCUGACAAAAAGCUUGUCUCAUCAAAAACCGGCCAGGCUGCAUCACUGUUGACGAAGCCCUUGAGAGAAGUCUACGAUGACUUUGUUGCCACACAACCAGCAGGGUCAACGAGGGUCAGCUUCUCUCACUUUGCCAAGUGCAAACCCAGGUACAUUUAUCCACGGCAAGACUGGUGGCUGAGAAUGUGUCUGUGUGAGUAUUGCACAAACAUUGACCUGAAGCUUCAUAUCCUAAAUGCCAUCACUGGAAGGACAGACAAUGCUGCUCGCAUCAGGCAUGGCUACCAUGCCAUCGAUCUCCUGACCUGUGGUCGGGAUGACGGAAUAUGGCAAAAGAAGUGUGCAUACAGGGAGUGUGUAGAGUGCCAAGACCAGACACUGAAGCAGCACACAGCGCGGCUCCUACAACACCAGCGCCCCCUGACCUGGUUGUAAUCAAAAUAUAAUUUAACUUUAAGUUGUGAGAAUAAUUGCAUUUUAAUGCAGAGUGUAAAUCUGCAACUUGUUCAGAUGUGAUAUAAGUAAUGAUAUCGUCACUGUAAAA